CUUUGUAGAAAUUGCGUUGAAGAAGAAUUCUGAGGAGCAAAGAGAACAUUUGAAUUUUUGACAGCAGGCUAAAAUUCGCUGGCAGGGAAAAGGGCAGUCUAAUUUUCUCAUUUGCUUGCCUUAUUUUCCUCGUUUGUUAUUUCUUCUUACUACGUAAUGCCCUCAACAUCUACAACAAAAUCCGACGGCAAGAAUACCACAUCUGCCAAUGCAAAGAAGCAGCGUCAGAAAAGUGCAACGUCUACUACCACGGAAGAGACGAAAAAGCCAAAUAAAAAACGAGUUACCAAAAAGAAAGUAAAAAGACACAGUCGUAGCAAGAAGCCAGUUUUGAAAACGAAGGUAGUAGUUCGACGUUUGCCACCUAAUUUACCGGAAGAGAUUUUUAUGAAUUCCGUCAAACCGUGGAUCAGUGAUGAGAAAGUGGAUUACUCCAUUUAUAUUCCUGGAAAAUUAAGCAAAAGCAAAGCGAAGGAAAAUGUAUUUUCCCGUGCUUAUUUUCAUUUCAAAUCCAUGGAAGAUGUCGUUACUUUUCAUCAAGGUUUUGAUGGCCACUUAUUUAUUGAUUCGCGUGGUAACGAGUACCGAGCAGUUGUUGAAUUUGCACCAUAUCAGAAAAUACCUAAAGAGCUCAAAUCAGUUGAUGCCCGUCAGGGAACGAUUGAGGAAGAUCCCGAUUAUUUGGAGUUCUUAAAAUCUUUAGAGGUUGGAAAAGUCGAAAAUGAUGAAAAGGAAGGAGGAGUAGAUGGAGAAACCAGAACUACAACUGAUGAUUCAGGUCAGCAGCAACGACAAGUAGAAGGAAGCAACGAACUGGAAAAGCUGGAAAAUAGAAUAGCUAUGGUAACUGCUCAGAUGUUGGCAGAACAGCAAGCAAAAAAACCAAAGACGACGCCUCUUCUGGAACAUAUUCGCGCACAAAAGGCUGCUCAAGCAGCUGCAAAAGCAAAAGCUCAACAGAAGAAGCUAGCAAAAAAGGAAGCAGAUAAGAUGAAGAAAGAAGCAGAGAAGGCAAAGAAAGAGGCAGAAUUAGCCCGAAAGCGAUACCAGUUGGCUGUUGUAGCAGCGGAAGAACAGCAAAAGACUCAAAAUCAACAACAACUACAACAAUCUCAACCUACUGUUAAUUUACCAGCCUCCAAGAAGAAGGCGGCAAAUACUAACAGUACUGAUAAUAGCAGUAAUGAUGGAAGAAAGCAACAGCAACAAAAGAAAAAAGAGAAGAGUAGUAGUAGCGCAGGCAGUAAUCGAAGAAAGAAAAAGGAAUCAAAGGAUAAAGCAAAGAAAGACGAUACAGGUGCAACCACUGGAAGCUCUGGUAAGCCCAGUACAACUGCAACUUCCGCUAAUGCAAACAAGGCAGCCAAAAAAGCAUCCGUAUCAGGUGAAAGAGCUCAACAAGAGCGAAAGCCCUCAUCUGCACCGCGCGACUCAAAAUCAUCACCUAAUAAUGGCACUGGCAAAACUACGCGAAGAUCUAACAACAGUGGUAAUCCAAAAAAAUCAACCAGUCAACAACAGCAGCAGCAACAACAACAACAAGAAGCACAAUCAGCUCCCACCAUUAAGAUACUUAACCGCCAGCAGCAAGGCCAGCUUUAAACAAUGAAUGACUGUAAAUAAGCGACUAUUCCGCGUUGAGAAAUUGGCCCAAAUGAACAACCUGAACGGUUUUAUUUUCAAGGCAAAACCGUGACUAUUUUGUAGGCAAUUUACCUUUGAAGCUGGGUAUUGGAAAGAUUGCAAACGACGAUGGUUUAACGAAACAAUCGUUUAUUAGUUACGGACGUAUUUUUUGUCCUUUCGCUUAUAUACAGUCUUGCUUGUCUUUCUGUUCAUCAAUCAGCUUCCCUUUGUUCAAUUUUACAGUUAGGAAAGUUCAGACGCCGAUAAAUAAAAGUGAACUGCAGGCUCCUUCAAUGCAUGGUUGGGGAGUUUCGUGCAUAAAGCUAUAAAUCACACUAGAAAUGUAUUCUUUUGGACUUGCAUGAACUGUUUCUUGUCUUUUUUAUCAGCACAUUCUUUU